AUGUCCGACUCAGACGAGAACGACAGGUACCGUCGCUACCCACAGACAAGUGGAAUGUACAACUAUUCACGAGAAACUGAUGAAAACCAAUACUUGCACACGCCGCCUGCUGCUUACAACACAGGCCGUUCAGAGGAAGACUUGCUAGACUACUAUGAUGAUGAUCGGCCAUCGAAUAUUUUCAACACUUCUCAUUCCAAUACGAAUUUGGGAAGACCUCCCCCAGGGAUCGACACUCAGAAUCCUUUUGGCGAAGAUGACUACGAAAUGGGUGUAUUCCAGAGAAAUCCCAGCUAUGCCGGUCAGCUGGAGUAUCUGGACUACCCGGCCUACCAGGGGUAUCAUGGAUACCAAGGUUACAACCAACUGGCGGGCCAGUUCGAUAAGGCUUUUGUCCCUCAUGCCUAUGAUGACGAGGAUGAAGAUGAGUUUGAUCGCGACAUCCAGUUCAAUAACAUCGAGGGUGACCACUUUGACCUUCAAUCGGUAUUUGUACCUGAAGUAGUACAAGAUCGAGAGAUUCCUGAGACGGAAACGUUCUAUGAGGAGAGUGAGUCUCCAUUCAGCGAGUCAGUGCCUGCGCUCUCAAUGCCUCCUGCCGAGGAAGAGGUGAGAACAAAGCCUAAUGAGGCAAUUUUCAAAGGCGUGAGAGGUCAUUUGGUGUUGGAUUGUCCUUUGGCUACCGAAUUAUUGAGUAAGUUUCCAGGGUACGAUCCAAAUGCUAAAAACUACGGUCUUAUGAGAGAAUUCUCCCACAUGAGAUAUACCGCUGUCACAUGUGGCCCCUCUAACUUCUGGAGAGAUGGGUAUAUCUUGCGUCCGAUCCAUUAUCCUGUGAAGCGUGAGACAGAGUUGAUGAUUGUCAUUACCAUGUAUAACGAGGAUGACAUUUUGUUGGCCCGUACAUUGAAGGGUGUGUUCAAGAACAUCAAGCAUUUUGAAUCGAGAACUAACUCACCUAUCUGGGGUAAAGACUCCUGGAAGAAAAUUGUGGUGUGUGUGGUCAGUGACGGUCGAUCCAAGAUUAACGAGAGAGCUCAAGCACUCUUGGCAGCCUUGGGUGUUUACCAAGAAGGAUUGGCCAAAUCGAGAAUCGAUGACAAGAAAGUGAAGGCCCACAUUUAUGAAUAUUCCACAAAGGUGGGUAUUUCCGAGGUCACUGACACGGUGAAAUUGAGAACAGAAAAGGUUGUCCCCGUUCAAAUGAUGUUCUGUCUUAAAGAAGACAAUACCAAGAAAAUCAACUCCCACAGAUGGUGUUUUGAGGCUUUUUCCCAGAUUCUCAACCCUAACGUGGUUGUUUUGCUUGAUUGUGGUACUCAACCUUCGGGUAAGUCUCUUUACAAAUUGUGGAAAGAGUUCGACAGAGACCCUCAAGUCGCAGGCGCGUGUGGAGAAAUCAAAGCUUCGUUGAAAAAGAAGCAGAUACUCACCAAUCCUUUGGUUUACGGCCAAAACUUUGAGUAUAAGAUUUCAAAUAUAUUGGAUAAACCAACAGAAUCGGUUUUUGGAUUUAUCUCUGUCUUGCCUGGUGCAUUCUCUGCUUAUAGAUAUGUGGCAUUACAGAAUGAUGCUAAUGGACGUGGUCCCUUGGAAAAGUACUUUAAGGGUGAAUUCUUGCAUGGCAGUGGAGAGCUAGAUCCAAAUGACGAUGAGUACGAGCUUAAGAAGAGAAUGUUGAGUCAAGAAGCAGGAAUUUUCACGUCGAAUAUGUAUCUUGCCGAGGACAGAAUCUUGUGUUACGAAUUAGUCGCCAAACGUGGAUGUGCAUGGUUGCUUAGAUAUGUCAAAUCUGCAAGUGCCGAAACAGAUGUUCCCGAGGGAUUGGCAGAAUUCAUCUUGCAAAGAAGAAGAUGGUUGAACGGUUCGUUCUUUGCGGCAAUUUACUCUUUGGUUCAUUUCCCCAAGGUGUGGUCGUCGCUGCACAGUUUUGGCCGCAAACUCUUUCUCCAUAUUGAAUUCUUUUACCAGUUUAUUAAUUUGGUCGUUUCGUGGUUCUCGAUUGGAUCAUACUUCUUGGUGUUCCGUAUAUUAACCACUUCGCUUUCUGCAUCUGACCUUAAUUUCGCUCCAGGAAAUGUGUUAUCUGUGAUUUUCCUUUGGUUAUAUUUGGCAUCCAUUGUGACAACAUUCGUUUUGAGUUUUGGAAAUACACCCAAAGGAACAGAGAAAUUUUAUGUUGUCAUCGUAUUGUUUUUUGCUAUCUUGAUGGUUUACAUGAUCUUUGCCGCCAUAUUCAUGGCUGUGCAUGCUAUCAAAGCAAUCUACGACAGCAGUACCGAAAUCACUGUUACACUAUUCUUCAAGAAUGCACAGUUCCGUGAUUUGGUGGUUGCCACAAGUUCAACAUAUGCGUUGUAUUUUUUAGCAUCGUUCCUCUACCUCGAGCCAUGGCACAUGUUUACAUCGUUCAUCCAAUAUCUCUUGCUUUCGCCCGCAUACGUCAAUGUUUUGAAUAUCUAUGCAUUCUGUAACAUUGACGAUAUUUCCUGGGGUACUAAGGGUGACACAGGAGCUAAGGACUUGGGUGUAGUGAAGAGACUCGAGGACGGUAAUUUUAAAACCGAUCUUCCCGUUCUUCAGGAAGAAAUCAACCAGUCCUAUUUGGAUCAGUUAAACAAAAUCAAAAAGCCCAUCGAGGACACAGGAAGCGGAUAUGAGCCUUCCCAUGAGGACUACUAUGCUUUUAUUCGUUCCAUGACAGUUCUUAUAUGGAUGUUCACCAACGGAAUUGUGGUUGCAUUGGUUUUGGAAACGGGAGGAUUUAACCAAUUGUCGAAUUCAACGAACACUACGACCAGAUCUGAGGUCUUCCUUACUGUUAUUCUUUGGACAGUUGCGUUCAUGGCGCUUUUCAGAUUCAUCGGAUGUAUCACUUACUUGAUCAGAAGGUUUCUUGCAUCAUUCAGAUCAAAGAAGGUGCAACGAUAA